AAAAGUAAGCGACGAUAAGACAGAAAAGUCCAAAGUAGAAAUGGAUGGCCUUCUAACGCGACGUUUAAGAGUCAAGUUUGAAAGGUUGGAGAACGUUGGAGUUGCAUUGGCUAUCAGGUGGCGACGCAGGUGCUCCUUUCGCUCUUUCGGUGGGGGAUCGUUUUUUGACGAGGGCUACGCCAAUGCGAGAGCAGGGAAGGCGCCUAUGUCCGUCCAAGCCCCCCCACCUCGGCGUUAUCCUCCUGGCCGUAGAAAGCUCGACCAGACGACGCUGGCCGGAGCACAACGCUCCUGCCGCUGGCUUUUCCACUUCCAUCGCGCAGUCUUCUGGCCGGACCGGACGCGGUCUUGCCCUCAACCGACGGAACAACAACGCGCUCUUUCCUUUUCCCCGCCGAUUCUUCUCUCGAAAAUUCCAAUAUCCAUCCACCCUCGUUCGUCACGUUUCUCGAGAUCGUUCGCUGGCAGAGAAGUAGCCGCGCGGUGUAUAACGUGUGACAGAAGUAUAUUACUUUAGUUGGAGUGCGCCUCGAUGUGAAGAUCGUGUUUUCAUGAGGGAUUAACGAAGAAACGGAGCCGAGAGACAGUAGCGCCAACAUGCGGGAGAAAAGGUGGCUUCUGCUCGCUCUGUACGGAAUCCUAUUGGCCAACGCGGUCUCGGCCGAGCGUAAGGCGACCAGGCCGAAAUUCAAGAUCGCCACUACGUCGACCACCACCACCACCACCACCACCGAAGAGAAUCAGAAGAACGAGAACGAAGAUGCAGAGGCGACCACAGCAACGGCGACCGCCAGCGGGGAGACGAACGCGACGAGCGGCCACGUCCUCACGGGUAUCCCGCAGAUCGACUACAUCUGGGACCCGAAUUUGCCCCGCGAGUUGAACGGCUACAAUCUGAGCGAUUACCCGUUCUACAACAGCAUACCCGAGGACAUCGACUUCAAAUGCGACGGGCUCCACGACGGAUUUUACGCAAGCGUGCCGCACAAAUGCCAGGUGUACCAUCACUGCCUUUUCGGCACCCGAUACGACUUCCUCUGCGCCAAUUUCACGGCGUUCGACCAAAAGACCUUCAUCUGCCAUUUCGUGUCCGAGGUGGACUGCGCCAAUUCGAAGAAGUACUGGCACAGGAACGACGCCCUGUACAAAGCGACCACGACCUCCACCACGUCCACCACCUCGACCACCACCACCACCACCACCACCACCACGUCGGCGCCGGCGACGGCCGCAGGAGGCCGCCAAUCGUCGAGGGACCUGCCGUCGAGGAGGAGGAGGCCGUUCAGGAGGCGGCCUGUCUACGAUUACUACGACGAGGAGUACUACGACGACGACUACAGCCGGCCGCGGGGCUACAGCAGGGACGACUACGAUUACGAGGAUCGAAAGUACAGAAGGGAUCGCGACUUCAGGGAUAGAGAGUUUCGAGAUUCGCCCAGGUCCAGAGAGGGCGUCGACCGGUACAGAAACAACAGGAGGGAGCCUGUUGGCAGGGUGAGGGGGGAUCCUCCUUUGGAGGAGGAUGCCAGGCCCAGGCCGAGGGAUCCUCCCGACCAGGGCUCGAGGCCCUCCGUGUCCAGGGAGGUCGACGACGCGGAGUUGGACGACAGACGAGUCGAUCCCAGGCUCAGAGAUCCCGACGAUCGUCGCUAUCCGGAUAAAAGGUACAGGGACGAUUACGAGGACAAGGAUCCAGUUUCGGGAAGCACGGACGGCCUGGUGAAACCAGCUGCGCCCGCGACCUCGCUCUACGCGAGGCCAAGAACGCCUCCCAAGAUUCGUAGGCCGGUUCCGCUCUCCGAGCAGGAUAAAUACGCUUACAAAACUACGGCCGUGCAAUCGACCGAGGAACCUCGAAGAAGGCCGGUGGACAUCGCGGAGGACGAUUACUACGAGGACGAGUUGGAAGACGUGAGGCCGAUUCGAAGGCCGUUGAGGAGGAGGCCGUCGUCUUACAGGGACAGGGAUUUCUACGACGCGAUAGAGAGAGACAGAGGCCGACCGUUCAGAUCGCGAUAUCGGGACGACGAGGACGAGUUGCGGCCGAGGAAACACUCGAGGGAUCGCUACUACGAUCGAGACAGGGAUCGAGGCAGAGAUCGAUCCCUCCUCGAUCGUGGAAAGGAUCGGGGAAGAGGGCAGGAGCGACCCGUCGACAAGGAUGUCGUUCAGGGCGAUCGUUCCAGAUCGAGGUCGAAGGAUUCGCAAGAAGAUUCGAGACGAGAUCGCAACAACAAUCACGAUCGUACGGAACGAAUCUCCACCACCUCCACCACCACGACCACCACCACCACCACCACUCCCACCACCGCCGCUGCAACGAGCACCAGCACCACCUGCUCGCCCGAACAACCCCCUCGCAAAACGGAAUCCCUCUCGAAGGAGGGAAACGAGGGUAGAAAAACCGUGGAGGCGACCGACCCUCGUCGACCAACGAGCCAACACUCGUCCGAUUACCAAGAGCAGGAGAAACGCUACCAGACCACGUCGAUGGAGGAGUACUCGCAGGAGGAGUAUUACGACGAGGCGGAGGAUCCGCCGGCUCCACCGCCGCGCGCCACGAUCCGCGUGGUUAAACGACCCUUCCUGCCCUCCAGGGGGGGUAAUCCCAAUCCGAGGGGGUUGUCCCCGGUCGGCGCGAAGCUGGCCGCGCCCAAGAGGGUAGAGGAGGAGGAGGAGAGCGUGCGAAGGGGGAAGAAUUAUUAUCAGGCGGAGGAGAGGCCUCGAGAGGAGGGGAAGGAGGAUCGGAACGGAUACAAAACGGGCGUCGAAACGGACGGGGAGUACAACAGGAUGGGUGGAAGGUACGACACGGCGAGAGGCGCGCAGAUUCGAAGGCCGUCCGUUCAUGAGGAGGGGGAGGAGGAGGAGGAGGAGAAGUCGAAGCAAGGGAAGAACGAGGAUCCGUUCGAGGAUGGACUGGCCGGGUGGGAGGCCGCCGUGGAACAGUUCUCGAGCCCCGCGCAGGGCAACGAGGGGAGCAACGUGCAAACGGCUGCGUAUCGGGGCAAAGGGAGAUUGACGGAGAAUCCGAUUUACGGAACCGGUUUCAAGAACCAGGAGGAGAUCCAGGAGAAUCCGAGCGGGCCAGGUCAAAGUUUCAGGGUGAAGCAACGGUUGAACGAGGUGACGCAUCGGCUGCAGGACAUCCCCGAAAGCGAGUACGACGUGACCCUGAACGACGCGUUAACGCCCACGUUGAAUCAGGAGACCAGCCUGCCAAGCGGAUUCGUGCUGCCUCUCCACAGACAGAUCGGAAGGGACGCGGUCCUCCAAUCGUCCGAGAGUAAUUACAAAGUUUCCAGGCCCGUCAACCAGCAACAGAAACCGUUCGUCGCCAAUUCUCCAUUUUUACCCGCGGUUAACGGCGACAGGCUGAGAACCGUGUAUUACAGGACGGGGCCCGAGACGAUUCAAGUAGGCGGUGGCCAGUACAGGCCGCAGAGGGGAGGAUUGUCAUGGCAGGAUUAUACCGGCUACUGAAAAACGAAUUUCGAAUGAAGAGAGAAUGGAGAGGAUUGUUAUCGAGAUCGAUCUUGCAACGCGAAAUUUUCCUAAGAACCAGCGAAAUUCGCUUCGAUCGAGGAAAGUGAAAUUUUACGAAAAUUGAUCGAUUUGCCCUUUUCGGGGCAAGUUAUUAAUUAGAUCCUUGGAUCAAAACUUUUCGAUGCGAUUCUUUCGAUGCGAGGACAGGGAGGCGGGUAGUUUUAUCGGAAGUGGAAAACGAACAGGAGGAAAAAAUGUAAAUGUGGUGCAAGGUACAACGAUCGAGUAUAGUAUCAAUCUCCAAGAUGGUCGAAUCUAGAAUUGGGAUCAAUUUCGAAUUCCUCCUUUCCUGCGAGAUUCUAUUUCGAAAAUUAUAUUUAUAUCGUCUCGAUUAGUUAAUCCACUUCGAUCCAAUUUGUAAAUUCGUUCCAAUUGUAAUUCUUUCUACUUUCGGCAUAAAAACUUGUAAAUAUGCACGCGAUUGUGCCCAAUUUUAUUAUCCUCCUUCGGAUUAAAUUAUAAUAAUAUCUUAAGUGCGUGUAAACGAUUUUCUUUGUGAAAGCACAUUCGUCGUCUCGAUUUUUUUUUUUUUCUUCUUCUUCGAUAUUAGCAGCGAAUAAGUUUUCUCGAACAUGCAUUUUACCUUUGAUAAAUAAAUUGUAAAUUAUAUACCAGCCUUGACG